AUGUACCGCUUUCGAUAUCAGUUGCUGUCUCCGCGUCUCCAGGCGACAAACUACAACGAAGACGCCGGACAAACCACGUGCGUCGAUCAACACUGGCGAUUCAGAAUCAAUCCACGCCUAAAGCGGUACUGAUCUACUUGGAGGGGAGGUGAUGGGAGUGCCAACACUCCCAAAAACUAGAGCCAACCAAUCACUGCAAGCACGCUGUCAGCAUGAUGGUGGCGCCUCGCCAUUGGUUGCCCCCCUCGAGCCUGAUUGGUCCGUGUAUGCGAGAAAUCGGUCAGCUCUUCUAUAAUUUUCUUCUCGAAACACACUAACCCGAAUGCGGACGAACCCCAAUAGGAUGUUAUGAAUGCGCGCUAUUUUUCCAGUUAGAAUGACUUACAGAUUUCCUAUACAGUUUUUCGUGGCCGAUAGUGUUUUUCUUCACUGUCAAGUUGGUAUUGGAGACAACAGUCAUGUGCGCAUACACUUCGCGUGAUUUCUGAGUACGAGGCCGGGUCAUGGCACCAACCGUUAAAGUCUUCUAACUCACUGUCUCUUAUUACCCGUUCCCCUUUAUUCCUACACUUCAAGCGUAUGAAAAGGAGAACUGGCGGUAUAAAUCGGACUGAAGGAUUGAGGGUCAGAAUCAAUGACUCCUUCUUAAUGAGAUCUCUGGGGCAAGUUCAGUACUGCGAGGUUCAGGUCGUCUUUCAGACAUGUUUAAUUCUGUCAGUCACUGCCCUGGUGUCCACCUUCGGUCAUCCUGACAUCGUCUGGCCAGUGGAACAGGGUGCAUGAGGGAAGCGAGAGUGAGGCAGGUGCUACGUAAGUCUGUUUCUCCGCUAACCCAUUUUUGGUGGACUAGAUACGCAAUGCCACGCUGCAAACAGGUAACGCCAUCAGUAGCAUGAUUUUCAGAAUAAUAUUUUCAAUAUACUCCCACACAGAGAUACGUGUUUCGCAAUGGGCCCUCAGAGUUCUCUCUGUGGUCUCUAACAUGUGAACUCCACUCCGUCAUCGCUUGCGACGGUCGAGUUUUCAGUGUGCCCAUAAUAUGCCAUCGGCAGGUUUCCGAAUUUAAUUUAAAGAAAGUAUCAGCAGUUCUAGCUCAUUGUGAUUAUUUUUGACUGAUGAUUUAUUAGCUGAUAAAUGCUUUUUUCACAAAAAAAUCAGCAGUUCAAAAUGACCGUAUUGCAGGUCACUCGCCUAAGGCCUAUUAUGACGGAUGGUAAGGGAGGGAAAUGUAAUACGACGACAACGUUGUGGAAAAUAAUAAAAUAUACAAAGUAUUGUAUUUUUUGAUCGUCCUCGUGCUAGUGACACACUAGUAAGUCUGACAGACAUAUAAACUAUUAAGUUAUCUAUGGCGGAGUGGUACAUAUAAUUAUUCAGCAUACAAUUCUAAGUUUGCAGUAUUGAAAAGUGUUUUCUUGCCUUGUCCCAGUUUUCUUUGAUUACUAAAAAAUGGUUUUCGAUGGAAUUGAAGUCCAGGUUGUUGACAGGGAUAAAAAAUGAUUCGGAAGUCGCGGACAGAGAGGCUGACUGUGGUCGAAAUGAUUAAAAUAUAGUUGCAAAUCAUAUUACUGUUUCAAGUUUCCGCUGUGACACCCCAUGAAUUGCGUCAUCUACUGUAAGUAGUGUUUUAGGAAAAAUCCGAAGUAGUGUACACUCCGAUAUGAUAUUAUGAAAGGAGAAAUCUCGUCGAAAAAAGGUUUUUCUCGUAAAUGUUCAAGCUGGUUACACCAACCGGUCGUCAGAUGAAAUGGAUAGUGAGAAGUGGGAUAAUUAUGCAGAGGACGCAGGCAGGGAGAUAAGCAGACGACCUUGCGAGGGGGAAGUGUGCAUCGUGUUGUGGUGGGUGCCGGAGGUGAGAAGAGGCUUUGUGGGUCCCAAUUGUGGCUCGUCGUGUUGAGGGGGGCGGGAGGGAAUGGAUAGAGGGAGGAAAGGUGUGUCGGUGAGACCACACAUGUCCCGGCAUGCAUUAACUGUUGUUGAUCGGAGACCUUCGUAGUGGACAUCUACAUCAACAUGGUGGUUAAUGCUGACCGCACCGGAGCACCGAGCUUUGAGGAGUUCCCGUGCUUGUUUGAUGCUAGCCAUGGCGACCACUUCUGUACCGUUCCAACUGAAACGGUGGUCACAAUCAAGAGCGUGCGCAAUCACGAGAGAUAAGGGGUCGCGUCGCGCGAAUAGCUAGCUUGUGUUUGCUAAUGCGAGUCCCAAGUCGUCGACCCGUGUGACCAAUAUGAACGCAACGGCAGUUAGCGCACGGGAUGCACUAAAUGAUGUUAGUUUGCUGUUCUUUGGCUAAGGGAUCCUUUACCCCGGACAAUGUUGUGUAUUAAGGAAGACGCCGGCUUGUGAGCAAUGCAGAUGCCAAACCGUUUAAACAUGGUCAAUCCUUUUUGGUCGUAGUCGCAUAGUUACUCUACCUAUAGUCCGCCAUCCGCAUAUUUUGUAAACUUUUAAUGAGCGGACCAGGGAUCAGAGCUUGUUGAGAUUAUUUUUGACAGAACACCCUGCCUCAUCGUGGAAAUAUGGAUGCACCUAAGAAAUAGCCGACGACCAUGGACCUCAUCCUCAUAUGAAAUUCAGUCUAUGUUUCCAAGACUGUCUGAGGCGCUGAACUGUUGGAAAACAAAGUAGUUCAGUACCUCAACUAAUAGCUCUCAAAAGGCCCACAUUCUUGAAUGAUGAGCACAGGAAAUGCUUUUCCCUGUGAAUCCGUAAAAAUGCGAGAAUUUUGUAUUAUCUAGACAACAUUUUAGUCUGGUAACAACUUAGGCGAUGGCCUUAGGGGUUAAAAUAUUGUAUAGACUCCUCGGUCAGAUAUACCGCCUUCACUGCCGUCGAGGUGGAUUCUCUGAUUCAUUGUUAGAUCAAAAAGGUACUUGAUCAACUAAAUGGAUAUAUGAGAAACUAACGCGGGGAGAUCCGUUUCAAAAAUGACGUCUAUUACGACACAAAUGUCAUACAAAUGAAUGAAUCCUGGAAUACUCGCUUGCCCUCUUGCAAUUUUCGCUCCGGAGGCGACAUCAGGCUACAUAUUGCGAGUCGACCCGUAUUCGUCAUGAAAAUUCUACCUGUGCGUCAACUGGACAAACCCCCCUAAAGUCACUUUUCUACCUAAAAUCGUGCCCAUCCCGUUAAAAACUGUACGUACAUAGGCAACACGCGGCCAAGCACGAGAGAAGAAAAAACACCAGUACGCCCCUUACGAGGGCACGCCUGCAGCGUAAACUACGCCUCAGAACCCAGCACCUUGCUUCGAAAAGGUCGAAUGGGAGGUCGGCACUAGUUGCGGCAGGGCAAGCAUCGUCUCGAACGGCAGGCAACAUCACUAGGUCACUGAAAAUGCAGGAUUUUUCUCGGCAUAGCCGCCCUCAAGACCUGCCUGAAUCAUCUUUCUCCCCUCCUCCCUCCUUGGAACUUUGUUUCCUGCACACAGUAGGUGGGCUAACUCAUAAAAUCUAAACCGAAAUUCCGAAAUGCGUUUUCGUUUCAAAAAGAUUAAUUACGUAGGGUUGUUAAACUAGUCAGCCUGUAACAUAAUUCUAUAAUAUUUCAGUUACCUCAGGAUUCCGGCUUUCGAACGAACUUCCUUCCGGCUGCAUGAAAAAACUACACUCUGUGAAAAAUGACUACUUAUAAAGCAUGAAUUUUUCUCAUUGAUUUUCGAUGCCCCUAAAAGUCCAAUUAUAUUUCCUGGAAAGCAUUAUAAAAUAUUCAUUCCUUUGCUCAUUCGGUAGAAAAUUAAGCCUUCUUCUAAUUUCAUACUCGAAGGAGGGACAUAAUUCGGUUUUAGAAAAGUUUCUAGCUGUGGGACUUUUAAAUACCGUGAAAUGGCCGUUCAUAAAUCGUCAUAUCUCUGCAUUUACCAAUGUGGCUUGUAAAGUUAACAGCAUGGAUCAAAUCCACUGCUUAAUUCUAUGAACCCUAUAUGGUCGCUCUUUGUUGCAAUAGAGAAAUGUGUGGUUUUCCGUACGCGGAAAAUACAUGGCUUGUAGAUUGGAAACCCUGAAUCCAAGUGUGGCGGUAGAGCGGGUUCUGAAUUAUUCGGAAAUUGGAAAACUUUUCUCAAACCGAAUUAUGCCCCUUCUUCGAGUAUAAAAUUAGAAGAAGACGAAUGAGCAAAAGAAUGUAUAUUUUAUGACCGUCUCCCAUGAAAUAUAAUUGGACUUUUAGGGACGUUGAAAAUCAGUGAGAAAAAUUCAUGCUACAUAAGUAGUCAUUUUUUGCAGAGUGCAGUGUUGCAUGCAUCCGGAAGGAAGUUCGUUCGAAAUUCGGCAUCCUAUGAUAAGUAAAUUAUUGUAGAAUAAUGCUGCAUAAGGACUAAUUUUACAACCCUUCUUUAUGAAUCUUUUUGAAACGAAAACACAUUUCGGAAUUUCGGUUGACAUUUCACGAGUUAGCCCACCUGCUGUAGGUGGCCGGGGUAAGCAGAAGGGUGAAAUGCCCUGCCGGCCAAAAUCAAGGCGACCGCGGGUGGGCGUGGGCCAGCAGAUUGGUGUGCGGCACAAGUAGUACUGUUAGUAGUAUUAUUUCUAGAAUAAUAUUUUCAUGAAAUUUCUCCAGAAAUACAGGUGUUCGCCGAUAUAUCGACUGAUUCAUGAUGUAAAUGUUAGCGGUUCAACCCUGCAACGAGUCCCGAGCAUUCUCUUUGUACUAUCCGCCAUGAGAAUUCCUGAUACGAAUGCACCGCGGUUAACGAAGCAGACGGUAGGACGCUACCGUGCAUCUGGCCCAACGAAUAGUUAGACAUUGAAGAAUGCGUCCGACCCAACGUCCGUCAAAACGUAACCACCCACCUGGCCUGACAGGGGUAAUCGCCUGCCCAACUUCCCUUGAAUUCAUUUUAAUGACGUCACUUUUGCUAUCCAAGUGCUCCAACAGCGCCAAAACUCUUGACAUCCACUUCAGUUGGCUCGUCGCCAUUUCAACAUCAAAAACUCCAGCAAAACCCUUGACCCGAGUGUGUCCAGACUACGACUUAGCCUGCAUAAGUCCUCCGUUUGAUCGAAGACUUUGCUUUGGUAUCGCAUUAGUCACGACGGCGACAUUUAACAGGGCCCUGUUUGCCAGUAAUCAGCUCAAUUUUUAGCCAUACCCUUCAAUGUUUAUUUACCCUCCGUAAUCAGCAACUCACACAGACUGUUCAAUAGUCGUGAGCACCAAAUUCAACCGUGUGUCCCACGUAGUACGCUCAAUACCGACAACUUGCGUGUGAUUGGUUUACAAUGAAGCGGAUUUUCGUUGCAUCUACUCCAUUCUCUUCCUUCAUCCAAUCACCAAUCGCAGCUCAGCGUGGACAGAGCCCGUCUACCCGCGCCACAUGCACUUCUUGGUCCCUAAUCUAAAAUUUGGCAGGGUCCAACAAUAUUCACCGAAUAUAAGGAUUAGCGCAAUAAAUGCCGCAAACAAAUACGGACUGCUAGGACUCCUUUCGAGCGCCGACGGACAGCAGAAUCCAGCAAAUGUCCCAAAAAGUUUUAUGGGUAGACCUGUAGUAGGAGAAAACAAAGGAACGAGAUUACGUGUCUAAAGGAUAGCCUCGGAAACUUGUAAGUUGAAGGGCCACAGGAAGUGCAAUUACUAUCUCAGUUUUUUCGAUCGGGUUUUGCGGAGGAGUCCUCUGAAAGCAAGCAGGCGUUCGAAAUGAGCCAAGACAGCCGGGCGUUUCAAAUGCACCAAGAUACUGCUGUCAUUGCAACUGUUGCCUUUUCCGUCGAAGAAUUAAGACUUGUCCUCAGUCAAAUAAAACCAGAUCCGACGAGAUUCCUGGGCUGAUACAUGAGGAGCUAUCAGUGGACCUUUCAAAGCCUCUUUCGACUCUCUUUGAGCUGUCAAUGAGAACAGGAAGGCUGCCAUCACAGUGGAGGAGAGCUUACUUCGUUUCCUUGCAUAAGAGAGGUAGCAGGAUGGCAGCAAGCAGCUUCAGCCCUAUAAGCUUAACUUGCCUCCCAUGCAAAACGAUGGAAACUCUACAGCAAUUUUGUCAGGAAAAUAACAACUUGCAGGAUUUUCGGCAUGGCUUCCAAAGAAGACGUUCCUGCCUCUCAAAUCUGCUAGCUUGUCUGGAGAUCUGGACCAGGAUUUUAGAAGAGGGUUUUGAGGUCGAUUUCGUUUACAUCGAUUUCCGCAAAGCUGUUGACGCUGUCCCUCACCAAAGCCUUCUUCACAAAUUCGGCGCCAUCGGCAUCCGGGGAGAACUUCUGAACCGGAAAAGGGCGUUUCUGGUUGGUCAGCAACAGCGUGUCUGUAUAAGAAAUGAUAUAUCCGACUGGGUGAACGUGACUAGUUGUGUGCCUCGAAACUUAGUUAUCUCCAUCCUUUUUGUUAAUGACAGCUUUCAGGAACUCGACUGCGAUAACAAAAUGUUUGCCGAGGACUUUAAACCCUGGCAAGUCACUUAGAAUCCAAAUAACCAGAGAGCCCUUCAAGAUACUCUGCCUCGACUGCAAGCGUGGUCGGAGAAAUGGCUUCUAGAUUUCAGUGUGCAAAAGUGUGCCGUCCUCCAUCUGCGCCCAACCAAAUCUCAUUCAAAUGAGAGCCUGAGGACAUAUCACCCGAAAGAUAUUAGACUCCCCGCAGAAUUUUCACAGACGGAUGUUGGUGUUUGGAUACAGAGCGACAUGAAACCAGCACUGAAGUGCAACAAGGCCGCAAAAAACGCCAUGAGAGUACUACACGCCAUCAAAAGGGCGUUCGUAACCUCUGACAAAGACCUUUUGAAAGAGAUUACAGCACAUUUGUUCAGCCAUAUUUAGAAUAUGACACAUAAUUGUGGCGGCUAUGGCUAGUAAAGGACCAACCAUGAGUCGAACGUGUACAACUUCGUGCAACAAAUUUGAUAAACGGUUUAAAAAGCCAAUCCUGCAUAGAAAGACUGAAUUGCCUUGACUUAUUCUCUAUGCGUCACAGGCAGCAAAUAUGUGAUCUUAUUCUGGUUUACGAGAUAAUACAUGGCCUUGUGCAUGGACCGAGCUUUGAGGACAUUUAUCAAUGGCACCUUUUACUCAGUUUUCGUCGUCACUCGAUGGAGCUACGCACAAAAAUAUCCAGGCUAAAUCUUCGUUUUGAAUUUUUCACACAAAGCGUAUGGAGAAAUGAAACGAUCUCCCUCAAUCAGUCGUGGAGGCGACGUCCAUGCUACUGUUCGAGAAACGCUUGGAUGAUUAUUUGUGUCCCCUAUUUUCCCUCCACAGUCUGAACCUCAGCCAAAUACCCCGCGACCCCCGAAAUAUCUUCUCUGAGAUAAUGCUACUCAAAUGAAUCAAGUAAUGUUUUAAUAGUGAUAAUGUUCAUUGUUCUUGUACAGUUAUAUCUAACGCGCUGACAUGCAAUCAAAAGGGUUUGAAAGGCCCUGCCUAUUAUCCCUACCAAGUAAAUAAAUAAGUACAUAAGCUAAACAAUAGGGGCAACUCGGAUUUUACAUGAACGAGAAUACCAUAGUGACCACAUUAAAAAGAGUUCACUGCAACCUGACGCUUUUUGCUUCAGUCACUCCACUAUACUCACCACUAGGACCAAUCUAUCCCGUCAGUUAGAAAAACCUAGAAAACUCUUAGCGUGUCGUGAUAGGUUUAAACCUGUCAAAUUUAAUGUGGUGGGGAAAGCACUGAUUUAUCGUGGCAAUGGAUUCCUCAAAAUCGACUACACAAAUCGACUGCCCGAGUCUGUCAACCAACUGGUCAUGAGACUGGACACAGUGGCUAACAAAGCUGAACGACCCGUUUCUUUGUGCCUCACAAGACCAGAUCCCAAAUUUAUGCAUCAGUCUACUUAGAAUGGAAUGCUUCCCACGUAGGUGAUAUGGAUACGUGUAGAUGUACGACGUCCCGCUCGUCCCACUAACUACUUCCAAACCCAUUAUAUUCCAACGGCGAAACAGACACAAGACAACUACUGACAGAUGUGGAUCCAGUGGCUGUAAACCCCGAACAGGACUCCUUCGUGCCCGGUACCUCCUGGUACCUGACUCCAACAGAAGUUCAAAGAAACACUAGGUUCUCAAGUCUCACACAAGUGAGAGGGCUAUAAAGGUCAAACCGCAAACGACAGGAUAACGAGCUCACGGCUCAGUGGUUAGGGACGUUGGGCUUAGAACCAACAGGCCGCGGAGUUGAGCCCUCGGUGUUCUACACUUCGGGGUUGGGUAUGACUGACUGACGAUGGCUAAUAAGCCAGAAAGGACCAUUUCAGACUCUCUCAUCUUUUGCGGUAAUACUAUCCUGCCCACGUUACGUGCCGCUGUGCGACUGCUGGUGGUACUCAAGAGUGAGUCCAAAGGCACGACAGCGGUCGGUAAGCGCCCCUCUACCGUGGUAAUGGCCUGCCAAAGUUACCAGAUUCCAGUGGAUUUCAGAAAGUUUAAUAUGUGAAGGAGCAACGUUUUUUACGUCCACCGGCUAUUUGUCCUAUCACAUAAGAUAAUUCAGAUAAUAAUGAUAUCCACAAAUGUUAAAUCGCAAGUUUUAAAAGAAUACUGAGCUACGUACAAAAUGAUGAAAAGCCUCCUGAAAAUUGAAAUUUGAAGUCUGAGUUCAGGCAGCCCUCAUUUCAAAACAAUACUCUGAAGAAAAAGCUAUUUCGCGAAAGGAAAUGGAGGAGCAGGAUAGGUUCCUCCUGAGGGUAAGAUCAGACUAUGAAAGCAAGUCAGUAUGUUUGGACGAAGUGUCAUUGGGAUGCAGAGUAGUGGCAGACCCACAUUGAGGCCGACAACUGGGGUGAGACCUCGACAUUCCAAUGGUCAGAGCGGAGGCUGUUUAGACUGUGAGAGUCAAUAUGAUCGGGAUCACUUCUCUGGGAUCGCGUUUUGUGAAUGACGCCUCUCAUGAACUGAAAAAAAUGAAAAAUUCAUCUGAAGCCUCGUGAGGAGUCAAACCACUCGCGGAGAAGUAAACGCGAGCGGAUAAGGCAGUUUGGCAAUGGCGGCGUCCUAAAUGCCCAAUGGUCAUUUUUCAAAGUUAUGUAGAAAGCCGCUCAGGAAGGAUAACGAAAGAUCAAUUAAACUUCAUUUAUUUCGUUCUUUUUUAGACAAAUAAAAAGUUUUCUUUUGUGAACGUUCGGUAUUCACUGCAGUUAUGGCUGGUUACCUUAAGCCGGGACUUGAUUUAGCUUGCAGAAGAACCACCUUCGCUAAAGCUUGUGCAAUGUCAUUUGUAAACCUUUGCGCUUGCGUCAACAAAAUAUCCACAUUAGCUAAUGCAUAGUCUAACCGUGCGCUCAUUCCCAAACAAGAAUGUAGUUGUGGAUACUAAGCUGAUACCAGUUUCAGUUCUAAGGCGCACCAGGAAGGAAAUUUUCCGUCAACUAAUGGGAUUACGAACAGCCAUCUCAAAAAUCCUUAUCCGCAGUGGCUUUCUGCUUAAAUUGCAAGACUAUCCAGGUAUUUUCUAACACCUGCUAGAAUACUGGGAAGCCAACUACGUAGAAGUGCAAAUAGGCCUAGAUUGGAUUAUAAAGAAGCGCUUUCGACCGUCGAACUGCCAAACAGUCCUGGAGUAAAUCGCGUUCUUUUUUAUGAUGACGUCCACCACUGGCCAAUGAGAUAAUAGCAGAGUUCCUAUCCCGCAAGUCUGUCUACUGCAAAUCAGAACUGUGCCGCGUAAACGAGUGAGUCGAUGCAAUCAAUGCCACCAGAUAUGCAUUACUCGUUACAAAACUGCCAACACGGGUUCCCAAAAGGCAGAUCAAAUAUAAUCAACCGUUUCCGAUUUCUGUAGAUCAGGACUUGUACAUAAUCUUUAGCACUCUGCCAAGUCAGCUACCUUUACACCUACUUGAAAUGAAUUAAAUUUGUAUGAGCACCCGCUAACUAAUCGUGACUUCUUUGACGGCUGUUUCCUGGUUAUCUGUUUCGUGCAAGAUCGAUUUUAUCCUCUUAGAGUCAAGAACAGCGGUCUCCAGGGUUCGGUGUCGGUUUGGGAGUAGCAUUUUCCACCAACUUUUUUCUGCGCCUGCCUGUCAGCCGACGGCCACAAAGACCGCGCUAACCCGAAUACGCGUUACUAACGUACGGUCAUCCAGACGACGAAAAUGCAAUCACUGAAAAAAGAAGUUUAUUGGCUUUACAGUUCGAAUUCUCACGACCUCAUUAUAUGAGUCGGUUGCAGAUAAGGGUAGUGGAGGAACAAGGACCGCAGUAUUUAUGGUACGUAGCUGCCAUGGACUCAUAUGCGUACUAUAAUCAACACCUCUCAUGAUCACCGCUGUGGGUAGUAAUUAAACCGAUGAUGGUUCGUCAGUCCGCGCCAUAGUCGUUAGUUGCCGCAAUUUCAUCAGCCGUGUUGGAUGUUGGCGUGAUGAUCGAUCGGAAAUUUGCCCCCGCUAUCACCGGGAUUGUUGCUCGCCCGCGCACUCCCCACGUGACUGAUUCCCCUGCCUUGGGAAUGUCUCAGCAUUGCAUAUGGUGCAGGGAGGUCAUUGCGUUUGUUGAUGGAUUGCGGGCCCGACAAACAUGAUUCUAGCAUCUCGUGACUCCCGCGGUUGCCACCUGUUUCGAGGACUUCGGUUUCUCGAAACUUGGAAAUAUGGCCGAGUUCUGUAGGAUGAGCCGCUACCUGAGAGCUGGCGUCUUUCCCCCUCACCGCUGCUGCGCGCUCAGCCGUGCGCUUGCGGAGUAAUCUCCCAGUAUCUCCGACGUAGUUGCAAUGCUAGCGAUUACAACAGCAGCCUAGCUCUUGAUGGACAGCUCCAAAAAAGACCUUGGCGGAAUUUUUUGGCUAUAUGUGUUUGAGCCAUUAGAUUUCCAACAUUUCAAUGGACAUUCGUGUUCGACUCUUUCGAACCUCAUUUCUUCUUUUCCUAAACACGAAGUCUGUUGUUUUUUCUUGUAUAUAUGACAUUCAAAUGUCAAUGUACAUUAUUCUUGGCAGAUUCAGCAGAAAUUAAGGUUCACGUACCACAACUUCCCUCCAGAACUCUGUAAGCUAGGGUCAUUUUCCCUGACCUUUCCAACUUUUUGUUAAGUACCCCGGUGCGUAGCCUGAGUAUUGUGUCCUUGAGUUUUACGACAUAAAUGGGACAUUACAUCUAUGGGUCUAUGCGUUUCCCAAUUAGUUAGGCCUUACGUCCAGAACUUUGAACUUUGUGUGCGGCGUAGCAACAUAUGGGACGAAUGAAUGACCUAUUAACAGCGCGCAAUUCAUAUUGGCGCGAAAAUCCAACAGGCAACCAAAUAUUUUUCAAUUACGGGAUCGGUCUCCCAUUAAUUUUAACUAUUAAAGAGAGCCUAAGGAGCUUUGAAGCAAAACGAGCUUCGAUUUAACUCGCUUGUUCAGGCUUUAAAUUAUGAGCUAGAUACUAUCUUUAAAUGUUCUUUCCGUCACAUUGAAAUUCUCUCAAUUUCUAAAUUCAUUAGACUCACAGACAGUAAUCCAGUCUGGUUGCCCCCAAAUAUCUCGGAACCAUUUUUGAUUCGUUUUCAAAGAUCAUCUUGCAUAUUUGAGCUUGUCAAUGCAGUCAUGUCACGCAACAAAUUGUAUGGCAGUACAUGUCCUGUCAUGUACUGUAGAUAAAAAAUAGUGAUAACGACGUUUUUACACUUUUUACUGAAGUGCUUGAUUUCGCUGGGUCCAGUGCUGGAAAAUACGUACGUACAUAUUAUAUAAGUUCUAGACAUUAGGCCAGUGCUGUGCACGCGAAUUUCUAAUUUCAAAAUAAAGUUCGGAAUAUCCAGUGGUGCACCGGACAAUUAUAAUAUCCAAACUUUCUGUGCAUGCUUAUUUCACGUUUUCUAAAUCUAUACUACCGUAUAAGAAGCUAUAGAAUGCAAAUUACUUUUGCCAACGACACAAUCUGCAUCUUCCAAUUACCUGGAACUGUUCGUCUUACUUUUUAAGGAAAUCCACAAUCUUGAAUGUAACUCAAAUGUGACAAUACUGCCUUCAAUAAACAUAACCUUUCUGAAAUAUGGAAGCCAAGCAAAAGGGCCAACAACCGAAUAUAUAAAUAAGGUUUUUUUGAAAAGUGUUUGGACUUGGGACGAUUAUUUGCGAGCCAAAAUAAUGCAGAUAUAUACCCUUAACAGAGCUGUAAUUUCUACUUGUCUGACGCCAGCAUUUUACGAUAUGUUCCUUUAAAUUCCUCUAAAUCAGCAUUAUGCUUCCCAAUUGAUCUGUUAAAUACAGCCAUUGUGAAAAGUGUGCUGAAUGAUAACUGAAAUACAGCUUAGACGCAUUUUCCUCCGUUCAUGGAUGGUUUCCUGUAUCGCAGUCAUUGGCAAGUUUCAGAAUUUUGUCUUGUCCGUUACUCGGAGAUUAACGAAGGCCUUUGUGUCGAUGGCAGUCCACCAUACAGUCACCCUUACCACAGUACACGUAUCAUAUUAUAUCAUUCAGAUCUACAUAAAAGGUUCAUGCUUCAAAUCCGCAUGAGAUCGUCGACGACCAAAACUUUGCAUCGCCUGUAACUCUGCAAGCUCUAGAUUCAAAGAAAUUUGGUCUGGCAGAAAAGGACUUUAAAUAAACUCUUCGAACCUUGUAACUAAGUUCGAAAGUCAUGAGAUGGGAUUUUCGAAUUCCUUUGUGUUUCAAAAUGUUGUACAGAACUCUAAGCGCGGUGGGGACGUUUUGGUUCUUCCAGGCACUUUCACUGUUUUGACUAACCGAUGAUAGUUUCGACCAAAUUUGAGAAACAGCAGUAUCAGAUCGCACGAUAACGGACCUCUAGGGGAUUUUAGGCGAAUGAGGUCUUACUGGUUGUCGAUUAUGCAUUCGUGGAUUGGGAGCCAUGACGGUCAAGUUGAACACGUGAUAUAUGUUUAUUCUGUAUGCGAAAGCGCUUUAUAGCAAGUCCGAUAAAACUUCACAUUCGGAACAGGCCCUUACAUGUUAUAUUCAAUGUUGUUGCGAGCAUGGGCAAAAUAAAACCACAGUUUGAACGAUUCAUAUGAUCUCAUCUCUGUCAUGACAGUAACCUGUGACCCAUAUCGUCACUUUUAUUCGAAAUAUAUACGUAUAUAUGGGCAGUAUGUUAGUAACGACAAAGACAAGUAAGACUGGAAUGGCCACAUCGGGCUUAUUAGCCGUCGUCAGCCAGUCAUACCCAACCCCGAUGUGUGAACCUUCCGAGUCUCGCAUUCGCAACCUGUUCGUUAGAAGUCCACACCUCUAACCAUAUAUAUAAUCGACAGCAGUCGCUCGCUUAAUAAAAUAUCGACUCCUUUUCUAAGCAAGAAUGGUAGAAGUCAAAGAACACUUGCAAACGAGAACUUAAAACAAUUACACUCACGGGGUUAUUUAAGGUCAAACUCGACCGCUACUGAACUGAAUGCUAGAAUACGUCGCAUGUCGGGGUAUUGAAGAACUCCAGUGUCUACAAGCAAAAAUCCCUGUUCGAUUCUGUUCAGUUCUAAGACAGUACGCAAUCGAUUUUCAUCGUUGCAGCUCUCUAAUGUCUCCAGAAAUUAACUGCUUACUUGAAGUAGAUCGGCCUUUUGGAGACUUAUAGUCUCAGAAUGAGAUUUAAUACGAAUGUCUGGGCCGGAGUCUAUGAGCCACAGCGGAAUACUCGCGCAACAUUCAUAAUCUGCCGGUAUGAGUAGCAUGAUAUACCAUAUUGUACAGCAUGUAUACCAAUCAUUAAUUUGUGAGGACCCUUCUAUGUCAAAAUGUCUGAAAGCGUGUGCUAUGCUAGGAUCAGUAAACCAUGGCCCUCACAGCCUGGUAUGCGCUUGCAGUUCCCUGACAUCUGGUCCCCUGCCGGUAGGUGCGUUUUUGCUUCCGCUGGGUAUUUAGGUGUUGUGCAUUACCGCAUAGUCACCAUCGUCUUUCUGAUUUCUGUUGGGACGUUAUUGUUGUUUUAGGAUAAGAUGAUCUUAUGCUUACAGCAUAGGUACUAGGCAGAGGCCCAUACACGCGUGUUUCGCCCAUAUUCUGCCGCUUCAUGGCGCAGCUGCGAAGGCUUCGGCUCGUCAGUAGGUCCCGCAACAUUCCGUUUCUGUCGCUUUUUAAUUUCUUCAGAAAUUAACUAAGAACUUGGAGCAGAUUAGUUAAUUCAAGGUCUAAAGGCACAACCCAAGAAUUUUUAUACAUGAAUAUUUAAACUAAAGUUCAUCAGCCACAGCGAACAACCGCGUAAUAUUCAUUAAUUGCCAAAAGGAAGCUGGUAAUAUACUUUACGAUAAUAUUGCUGUUGUUGUUGGCCUAAAACCUAGCCAUUUACUGUGUUUAAGUAAAAUCGCUUCUUCUGGGCAUGAUUCACGGAUUUUGCUAAUGCAUUAGUAAUGAAAAUACGUUCUUUGUGUCCUUCUUAAGAUUGACUUUUACACUUCGAUUUGAGGAGAAUGUAUCAACGGUUUUUAUCAUCUAUCUUUAGGUUACAAACCCACAAACAGUCGUAUGGCGAAAGCAUGUACAUACCUAUAAUAAAUUUGGCGAAAUUAAAAAGUGUAACUGGCCCCGGGCUUCAUACUGUAGCCCUGGGGCCUUUUCACCUCCAGUUGGGUCGAUGUAGGUGUAUCAGAAAUAUCUAAUUUAAACUUCGUGGUCUCUGUCAGAAAAACGUUCAAAUAAGGCAAAGUUUUCUUCUAGGUACGUGCCUUACGCAGGAAACGUUUAGACCAUUCCCAAUAUCUCAACCUCGCAUAUGCCUUCCCUGGAUAUCUGCCCUGAAAUUUACUAGGACUUUUUUCCCUACAGAACCGAGAUGGAUCCUCGAUUCAAGUACAGAAAAAUCCAACCCAUAAAUUAUGGCCUGCUGAAAGAGGUGCGCGAAAAAACAACUCAGGAGAUGCUGAUGUUUGAUGAAAAACUUUCCAGGCAGGCGGCCUAUCGGCAAGAGAUGAAGGACGACCAGACUCUGCGAUCUCAUCAGCAGGUCUGGUUCGAGGCUUGUAGGCGGAUAAACGAGUGCUAUUCAAAUAUUCAAUCGGAGUUGGCUACCAUUUAUCACUCAGAAGACCUCGCUGCUGCUGAAUUUGAGAAUGAAAAGAACCUACUUCAGUAUUUGGAAGAGUUGCAGAAGCGAAACAAUGAAUUCACCUCCAAUGUCCUUGACCCAAUUACCACUCUGAGGUUUAGCUUUACACGUCUGACGGAACCUGCUGUUUUAGGAUUGAUCUCAAAACCUGGCUCAUGAUGCGAGAGCAGGGAAAACCGACCACUGAUCCCAGACCAAUUAAAGAUCUGGUUCAUGGAAUGUUUGCUUCCAUUGCUGCUGUGGAGAAAGAUUUGGCGGCUGAAGAGGACGCCCUCAUCGCAGGGAAUGGCAGUGGUAAGUGCGGCAUCACUGGUUUCAGUUAGGUCUCCUAAGAGAUCAAGGCAUAUGCAGGAGACUGGCGGACCAGCACCGAGACAGGUAUCACAUGCCCACCAUCGGUAUACCGCCAGAAUCCUGGCAGUGGGAUGCGCCAAGUGAUGAGUUCCGCGCUAACCUCCUGACAGAAUUCAUUCACCUGGACGCGGGUUAUAUGGAGCGAAUAAAUCGGCUGAGAGCUGAAAUCAUCGAUCUGAAUGACUGCUGGUGAGGCUUUCAUUCUCGAUCUUUAAAAAUCUUGAUUUAGAAAAUAUUAGACGAAAGCAUUUGGAAGGCAGUGCAUUGGAAUUGGCAGAUGCGUGUGAGUGACGAGCGGUAGACUGUGCAGGUCCGCAUAGGAGUGACUCUAUUCUCCUAAGAUUUUACGUUUGGGUUUGCCGACACCUGGCUUGAACUGUCAUCUGCUGGUUUUAGCUGAUUAACCAUAGACGAUUAUCGAGGCACGCACGUCCCUGACGACAACACUUCUCGUUUUCUGGUCGUCAUGCGACCCCGUGCGUGGCUCACAUAUCCUCACCUUCGGAGCGAAACGAAAAUUUUUAUAUCUAUAAAUGGACAUAUAAUCGAGAAAUCUCAUGCUGCAACAGAAUAUGCGUGAGCAGUUGAGGAGGGUGCGAUGUGUGCAUGUUGGUGCGCUAAGCACAGGUUUGCCAGUCUCUGUGCGAUGGAUUCGCAGGUGACCAACCAGACCAAUGCGGGAUGCUCAUGUAUGAUGACACUAUGGGCGAGAUAGGCUUAGCGCUGUUGAACCGGUUGGGGUUACGCAGCUAGGAUUCGCCCCUGGUGACGGGGAUGUCGGUAGUGCUGGAGGUGUCGGACGUAUAAGAUGUGCUUGGCGUGUCGGUGUUGCGGCAAAUUCACUGUCGUGUAUGCGCACGGAGCCCAAUAAGGGAAUUUACAUGAACAAUGCGAACAAUUUGACGAGAUCGAGGCACACAUUCAAAUCCGAAGAGGUCGAAAUUUUCGCUACAAGUGACAACCGCGUGAGCCGCGAGCUGAUUUAAUUAUGGUUUACUGCCCCCUAGUUUAUUAACAAGUGCAACGACCCUCCCCUUCCAUACUCGGUGCUGAGACUUCGCCUAGGCGGAGCAAUUGGGCACACGGGGAGCGCAGAGGUGAACACUUUUUCCAACGCCAGGGUUUGUGGGUCAAACGGUAGAGCAGUCAUCACACCAACAUCCAGCGUACGUGAUGAAAUUACAGAAAUUAACGGCGCUAAUUUCGGCCAUCGAACGGUCAUCACACCAAGUGCGACGACCCCUAAUGAAGGGGGAGAGUCGUGAACAUUUGUUAUGUCCACUAAUAGUAUGACGCCAUUUCUGUGCGUAAUAAAAGACAUACAGGAUACCAUAUAACGGCUUUACUGCGUUAGUCACUCUGUGUACAUCAACACUUAUUCCUUCCGUCCGUUGCUUCGUAUUUAAGGGUUCAGCCUUUGUCUAGUUUGCGUGCUCCUACUGGUCCGGUCCUGAGCGCCCGCAUGGGCAGGCCCUCGCGUGUUGCUGACCCCUGGAGGUAGUGCGUGACUCAGCGGCGUGCUAAUGUCUGGCUCGCAUGCAGACUUCCUAGGCGAGGGUCUCCUGCCGGUUUGCGGUUCUUUGUCAGGCGUGACCUCCGGACGACAGGAGCGGUGCGUCAUGUGCUGGGCCGUCCUAACAAUAUUCAUAGGUAUGCGGUAACCUGGCGACUACAUCCUGUAAAUGCUGCAUCUCCUUGUGCAUGAACCACCCCUAUCUGGUUUUGUCUCUGAUGAUGGGUUUGAGCAGGAAUCCGAAACGUCAGGUGAAAAAAAUCCCUUGUCCCAGCGAUCGUGCCUCCUUCUUCACAAUUGGGGUGGGUGUCGUGGGCGUAUGUUGAGUCUCCUAUUGCUGCGCCGGCCCCUGUGCGGUCGAUUCACAAGGCACCGACCAAGCCGAAGCGUGAGCUGAAAGUGCUAGCUCAGUAGGGACGGGCUGGGAUUGGGUCGACGUUGCCGCUGGUGAGGGUAGCGCUCGAAGGAGCGAUAAACGUCUGCAAAGGUUUCGGAAAGACGCACCUCCUGACAUUUACCGCCGGUUUUUUUAUUACCUUUUUCAUUUGAGUAAUGAGGGUUUCUAAAUUAGUGUUUGGGCGCCUCACUGCCAGUUUGAACCUUGAAUGGUGAGUGGAGUUGGGAUAAAAGCAAAGGCUACGGUAAAGUUUAAAGUCAGAAUUUGGGUUAUAUUAAGAGUUUUAUUAAAAUUUGGAACGAGAGUGGGAUUAAGACAAGGGUUGGGGUUAUGUUUUGUCCUAAAUCCAAUAUCAGUCACAAUCCUAACACUAACCCAAUUUCAAAACCUAACCCCAACUGCAUCCACUGGACUAAUAUAAACAUAUUCCUGGCGCUCAAGGCUCACCUACGGACUGUUAGAAAUCAGGAUUACGUAGAUCGAAAAGUAGUUAAAAAAAUCGAGACCAAGGUUUCUAAGCUGUACAUUUUUUUAAUCUCGUACCUUCUUCGCCUUCUUAUGUAGUAAAAUUUUUUUUUGAAAAAAACCAGUUUUUAAGCUCUCUUACUUUUGAACCCUUGCUUACCAAAAAUAUCAAACUGCUCAAUCAAACAGCGCCAAUAAAUGGUCUCAAAAGGAGGUUCUAAAAUGCGAAUUCAUGUGGGAGAUUUUCGACUCUACGGGCGACCCCAGGAGGAAACAGAGGUGCCUGGACUUUCUUUGUCGACAACCGGAACGUCUCAAAAAAGCCGAUUACGUGAGUCGUUGUUGUAUCUGAAACACUUCCCAGUUGAAAGCUGCAUGUGCUUAAGUCCAUUAGCAUUAAACUAAAUGCAUUCUUUGGACUGUUUUAAAGUUACGAAAAUUCCCAUGGAGCAAUUCAGACGAGCGUUUGGCGAGUAUACGUGUGCUUUCGAUAAAUUCUCAUCGGGCCUAUACAUUUAUAUGGGAACGAGGUACAAAGUGAAACUUGGGAGCGAUAAGUGCAAUCGAUUACGGCUCAUCUUUUCACACUAACGGGGGCAUGUGAAUAGAGAGGGAAGGGGGGGGGGUGAGAGGAGGCAGUAAGUGAUAGUGACAAAACCUGCUUCGCGAGAACAGGUAUCCUGAACGAUUUAUUGUAAGGAAUCGUGCCGAACGACCGGCAAAACUCGUCAUUUCACGGCGGAAAAUAAAACUUUGUUCCUAAAAGUCCCUUUCAAAGAGACGCGGCAAGUGAAAUCCUGAGAAGUCGCCUUGAUCAAGCUGUUUCAUGGACCUUCCCGACAGCAAGAGUUCAAGUAUUGUUUUCGACUACCCCGCCUUACAUGUAGAAGAUAAUGAUAGGCUACCAGCUCAGAUCACCCAUGUGAAUUUGCUCAUUUACUUGCUCCCGUGGAACAGGCUAUAUUGGUCGUACGAGUCGGCGCCUGUCCGCAAGAAUACGAGAACAACUGCCGGCAUGGCUGAGUAAAGGUGAAGUUAAGAGCAUACACAGCUCCAUCCUCGUAUACACGGUUGAUUCUGGGCAUCGUGCGGUUCCAAACGAAGUCAUCCAUGUGAUUUACAAGGUCCCACCUAACUAUCCUAAGCGACUGGGUUAGCGUUUAUAAGCAACAGCGGAAUCGACUGCCAACAGGCUACGGAGGUCGAUCCUGUGCGCGCAGAAGAACCUCUUGCAUGUAUACAUGUCCCCGCGAUCGCCAUCCCCCCUCCUCCCCUUGUGAAACGGUUCUACCUAACCCUCAUUUUCAAUUACUGCCACCCUUCCCUUCCCUCCCCUCUAUUCACAUACAAAGUUUAUAUAAAAAGACGAAAUUCACUCGAUUGCUCUUAUCGCUCACACGAUUCAUUUUGUAUCCCGAGGAGAAUUUAUCGGAAGCACGCGUAUGCUCGCCAAAUGGUCUUCUAAAUUUAUUCUACCUACCAUGUGUUAUUAUGACUAAAUCAUUACUUCCGCACUCCACUCAGACCCAGAUCUUGGACCUCCUGAACGAACGCAGCAUUCUGCGGACAAGAAUGGGAGAUCUGAUGCUGUCCUGGACGCGCUCUCGACAAGAACUGAGCGAUCGCAUACGUCUGAGCCUCAGUGACGCGUUCGUAGAGGCUGAAAAACGUGAUCUCCAGAGAAGCAGUGCGGAGAAGCAGCGGAAUUUGUGCCUGCAGCUAGCCGCUCAGGUAAUCUGGAUGCUUGUAACUUUUAGCCUGUGAGAUCUCCGGCCGUUCUGAAUGCAUUUUUGGCAAAAGGAAACCGUUUACAGCCUCAAGAACCUCAUGAGUGCUCUUCUAGACUGAGUCACAUAACCUUGAGUGGACCAAUAAGGCUAAGGAGCGGUGUUCAUCUGACAGAUCAGGUCGUACGAAUUCGCAAGACCCUUUUUAUCUUUAGUUAAGCAAAAUUGCAAUUAAAAAAGAAAGCCACAUCAACUCCGACUUACCUAGUCCACCCCAAAUUGACGCAAGCAGCAGAUGCCCGUGGAGCGGGCCUUACGGGAAUUGUCAUAAUAGGAGUGAUACUGGUGGGGGCCUACGACAGUCCCAAGUAAAUGUCUAACUGGCUUUCUGUUUGGAUGGGACUGACACACGAGAAGGAACUUGACCCAACAACAUCUACUUAAAUAGAUGUAGUAGUGAGUCUUCUAGAGGAAACCUGCCCUGACUAAAUACAGUAUCCUUACCCUUAGGUCUAACGUCGUCUUAACUUUGAAGCUUACCCAUGACUCCCAUUUUGAACUAAUCUUAACCAUGACCGUAACGUUAACCCUCAAUCUAAUCUCAAACAUAUUCAAGCACUAGGCCUAGUUGAAGAAGAAGAAGAAGAAGAAGAAGAAGAAGAAGAAGAAGAAGAAGAAGAAGAAGAAGAGGCGAUCGGUAGAACAAGAGCUUUAUUCGUCUGACGUUUCGGAUUCUCGUUCGAACCCAUCAUCAGAGACAGUGACGGGGUUAUGUUUAGAUUAGUUUAGCGGAUGGGAUUGGGCUAGGGUUGGAACUUUGGUUACUGUUAGGAUUGCGGCCGGUAUUUGGUUUAGGACCCCACCUAACCCCAACCCUAUUCUUAACUCUACUCCAGCACUAGGUUUCAAUCCAACUCUUAAUCUGGCCCAAAUUCUGAUUUUAACCCUAACCGUGGCCUUUGCUCUUAUUCCAACGUUUCUGUUACUGUCUCUGCUGAUGCGUCCAAACGGGAAUCCGAAACGUCAGGCGAACAAAGCUCUUGUUCCGGCGGUCGCCCCUACUUCCUAUCAUCUAGGCCUAGUCUUGACCUUAAAUGUAAUCCUAACCAUACCAUGAAGUUGCACCCAGACCCUUGUUGUAACCGGUGCAAGCAAAUUCCGAGAAGGUUUUAGAAAGGUUGGUAUCACCAGCUCAUUCCUACCAGAUGGACAUAAUGAUAAUUUUCAUCUCUCUGAAUAAAAAGGUUACAGGAUCCCGCUUCAGCUAGACCAUUCCACCUCUAGUCAAUUCUAGGGCAUGUUACUUCCAACGUAGGCUGUCGUAUCAAACAAAGCUUUUAAACUUAUGUUCACUCUUGUGAAACACAACCUUGCUCUCGUCGGAUAUUGACCUGAACCUUUGCAUUUUUAUACCGCCUGUAAAUAUGCAAAAACUUCCUGUACAUUAAUAUAAUUAGGAAGGGCUGCGCCGGUAACUCUUCGAAUAAAGGCGUAAACAACCUCACUCUCUUUGGAUGUUGACGGAGUCGUAGAGCAAUUUCAAAGUCUAAAACUCAGCCCUUCAUUAUGUCCGCAAAAUUUCCAAAUAUUGAGUGUUAUUUUGUAAUGUUAGUUAAACGGAUCUGACACAGUCGGGUUGCACCAUACUCUCUCGACAAUGUCCGACACUUUACCUUCUGUAAUCUAGGACUGGGGGUAUUUUCAGACAAAGCCAUUUUUCUAAGGAACCCUGGGAAGUUGAUAGUAGAAUAAUAAUUACUGAUUCCUUAUAAAUAAAUAAAGAUUUUGAAUAAUUCACCCCACUUCGUCCUUUAAAGGAAUUCAUACCUGUCCUUGAUGAAUCGUAAUCCAGUCAAUACUGACUAACCCUAAAAGUUCGGUAAAGUAUUAGCGGUUUACCAAGCAAGACGAUAAGGUUGAUAAGGAGAAGAUACGAUCCCACGUUAAUCCAUGCAUAUAAUUAUCAUAUCGAGAAUGAUUUUAGACGUCUUCGGUGAUCUCACGGGGAAUCACGGCUCUAUUUGUCUUAUAUGCCUACUGCACAUCAUGUUGGCACUAAAAUAAAUUUGAUUUGCUGAAAAUAAUGUUUUAUUGCGGUCCAGCAUUUUAAAACACAGAAUGUUUCGGAUUUGAUAAAGGUCAUAGUACAGAAAAUUAGUAUGACGCACUAGUGAAUAAAAACGCACCAUUCUAUCCGUAACCUUAUCAACUCAGUCAACAUGUCUAAUGCGCAGAGAUGAACUUCAGAAUACUUCAAGGUUGUUCAUGUCGUCCUUUUAUGAUCUAAAGAAAAAAGGAACCCAUUUCGGAGAAGUUUAUGUCAAAUAUUUUGACAGCUAUGUAUACUCGGAUCACAUUUUCUUAUGUUUUCGAAGUCCAGGUUUUAAUAGGGCCUAUUUUCCGAAUGGGGAAAAUGUACAGACCAACUUUUUGCAAGAAUUUAGGGCGAAACUACUCAAUGUAGGACGAUUAGAGGAUAGAGCAUCUCCUGAGUGGCGAUGGUCAGCCCCGUGUAGCCUCGAUUAUUCCGUAUUUCAGCUCACGGCCCAAUGCCAAUGUGUUUUUACUCAAUUCGCAAAUAGCUCGAAUUCGAACGAAAAGUCUUUUCCGCGUCUUGUUUGGAGUACGGCUCGGUGGUGACGAUCACUCAUGUACCGUCUUCAGAAAAGCUCUAGACUUGAGCCACAACGUAUGAUAAACUGACCGCAACUAUUGCUUCCAAAGGAGCAGUCUUUUCUCGUUAUUUAAAACAAUUGGUAGUUUGAGCAGGUCUCAACAUUAUCAGUAAUACUGGUUAUCGGUUGGGACUCUAAAUGUGUUUAAAUUACCGUAUCGCUAAACUUAACACCUGAACUUCAGAUUACCCGAAGUGUAAUGGGACCAGAACAUUUUUAACCUCGCCUCUGAAUCAUGUAUCGGAGGAACGUUUUUACUGUUUUAUUGGUUAUAUCUUGACUGCCUGACAUGACAUUUCAGUAUGCUGAAGAUCUGCUAGGAUAUCAGAACUUUGGCCAUCGCCUGGCCUGUCUAGACCAAGGUUCAAAAGAAAGUUUCUGGCACCCGUCUUUCACACUAACAUUGCGGCGUUUUUUCUCUGAUUGCAGGUCCAGCAAUGGCGAAAGGAGAAGGCUGAAUUGGCAGAGCUGGAGUAUCGUGCCAACGAGGCAUUUCAGGCUGCAAAGGCGCGCUUGGAUGCAGAGAAACUGGACCGGGAGAUGCACCGGCGUGAACUCAUCAAAAAACAGGUCAGUUUAUCCGUGCACCUGAAUUAGUCGAUAGUUUCGUUUGAAGAACACAGUUAAACAGUUUGAUGAGACCUGAGGAGAUAAUCCUACUUGCAAUUGCAACUGUUGGCAGCUUAAAGGCGAUUACAGAUCCCACAAAAUUCUAUUCUAUGGUGUCCCGUGGGCUGCAAGAACAAGGUAUGAUCACCACUUCACUGACACCUAAUGAAUAUUCCUCGUCCAUUUUUAAUAUGUAAACGCUUGCAUGCGACUGUUUCUAGGAUUUCAUUGAUACCAGGAAUCUGGUUGAUCUUGUCGUUCCAGAAAGUUCAGUAGUAUAUCAAUUUUUCCUUUAAAUCCAUUUUAGUUUACGCUUGUAUGAGGUCAGUUCACAAGGGGUCAACGUUAUUCUCAUUAACUUUUGGCUGUCUUUACCCUGCCAGCACCAGCCCCGCCUAGCCCCGCCUGGCCCCCUCAAUAAUGGCGGGGCUAGAGGGGGCUAUGAGGGGGCUAGGCGGGGCUGUGGCGGGGCAUGCAACGCGAUAGCCCCGCCUAGCCCCGCCAGCGAAAAAAAAUGCGCAGGGGACGCCACAUCCCAGCCCACUUUUGGCACCACUUUAAAAUAUCGUCCCCAUUAUCAAAUAUACGAAUUAAUAACACACACACAUUGUAGACCGGUGGACAAAUAAGAGUUUAAGCAAUGAGGGACUUAAACAAAACCUCAAUAUAUUGUGCUCAUCCGCAGCUACAUUCAGUGGGCGUAAACGGAUGCUUUCUCCAUGGUUUAUAAGCCAAUUUUGAUAAAUUAGCUCCUUUAAAUUCCAAAGAAGGUACAAUAAGUGGUGCUUUUGGAACAUAUCUUUCGAUGCAAAUACGCUUCAAAAGGCUUCAAUCCAGAGGGGGCUCUGGCCCCGCCCAGCCCCCUCCAGCCCCGCCUAUGAAGGAGCCAUGUGCUGGCAGGCGAGGCUCUGGCCCCACCCAGCCCCUUCCAGCCCCGCCUAUGAAGGGGCAAUGUGCUGGCAGGGUAAAUAUCGAUAUCAGAUUAAUCAAAAUCUUCAGGAUUAUGAUCCUAACUUGCUAAAUGUUUACUUGGUGUAUGUCUCGCAAAUAUAUUUAAACAGGGGACCAUUAACUUUUAUUUCCAGGAGUCUGAGUUACCGGGCCUGACAACUUAGAGUGACUGAUGGUAAAUUACGCGGAAACGAUAGGUGAUGCCCACCUUGAAUCCUUGAAAUUUCAUGAAGUAAUAACACUAUUUAUGAGACUCAAAUUUCGCAGAAUGUACGGCAAAUCUACUAUCUCAUAAAAUAUCAGCCGAAGUCCAAAAAUAUAUUUUUGAUUCGAAGAGAUUACUUAAGCGAGCUUAUAAUAUUAAUUAUUUUGCAACAUAAUACUAAGAUAUUUCAGUCACAUCAAGAUGCCAGCUUUUGAAUGAGCGUCUUUUUGGCCGUCCGAGAAAAGUACGCUCCGUAAAAAAUGAAAUGUUUUCACCGCCGUCCAAUGCCCUUAUAUAAAGAACGUACAGAAAAACAUCCUUUCGCGUACUCAUUUUGUAGUAAAUGGCGUCUUUUCUAAAUUAUUUUUAUAACAGAGAGAGUAUUUAUUGGUUUUGGAAAAGCUUGUUUAUUAUAAAAUUUCAUAAGACCGUGGGAUGUCCUUUUACACAACAUCAUAUCAGCACCUUUAUCGAUGCCACCUAUUCGUUAUACAGCCUGGUUCACGUCUUCUCUAUAGCGUAAAGAGAUGUGCAAUUCGUCUUUCACAGAAUGUAUGUAACAUUUACUUUGGAGACCAUGAGUGCAAAUGAAACGUCAGGUGAUCCAUAAAAUUAUUCGAGAAUUUAAAAGUUAUCGAAAGCCGAAAGAUACUCUCUCGUUAGAUAGAAAAUUCGAAGACGCAAUUUUUUACCGAAAGAAAGCGGGAAAGGAUGUUUUGUGCACAUUCUAUAUAACAUAUACUUGAAUUUAUAAGAACGUUAGAUAUCAAAGGGAAAUUUCAUGCCCCCUAGGUAUUGUGCAGGGAAUUUUCCUAGAAGGAGGAACUUUUGCAUAUUUUGAUUUGUUGGACGAUAAUUCUGGGGCGCAAAAAUCUCGUGAAAUUUCCCAAACGAGAAUCAGUGAGAACAGGAAUGUCUGAGUAAUACUACGAUGACGGAUUCUCACUGACCUAAAAAUCUUAACAAAAUGAAAUACCAGUCCUGGAGAUUCAGCAGGUCUACCCUUAUUAUCCCUUCGGUACCCCCCUUUGGCACGACUAUUCGAUGCUGUACUCUUGAGGCUGUCGAACUAACCGAUAAAGAGAAUUUUUCAUCGUCAUCAUUACUGAUCCAAAAUAACAGAUUUCAGAUCGCCGCAGAGCUCAGCAGGCGGAGAAGGCACUACUGGAGGAGGCGGAGAGAAAACGCCUGGAGGAGUUGAAGGCGGCGCAUGAGGCCCAACGGCGCCUGGACACAGAACGUCUCGCGCAGUUGGAGAAGGAGCGUCUGCGCAAACUGGCUGAGGAUCGCGCCCGAGCCCGUGAGGAAGCAGAACGUGAACAGAGCCUGAAAGAAGCUCGCCUAGAGGCUAUUCGCAUGAAGGUAGGACCUGUGUUGGUGGUGGUGGGGGCGGUGGUGGUGGUGGUGGUGGCGGUGGUGGCGGUGGUGGUGGUGGUGGUGGUGUUUGGAUGACUAGCUCGGCGAGUGGUGCAAGUUGUUUGGGCUGCACAACCAUGACAUGGGAGGUUUGCCGGCACGUCAAGGCACAGGUUCACGCCGAGCCGGAAAUCAGUGCCCCAUCACCGCAUCAGACGACCGACUGGCUCAAAAAAUGGACUGAAUAAGAUAAGAAAGAGUGAGGGUCGGCUCUGCUGAUUCCAUCCCCACAGCACCCAGAGCCUAUUCCUGGCUAUAAACCAUCGGACGCGCUUUUAGUUUCAAACUAUCACAGUGCACUAAAAGUCAUGGUUUGAAGGGCCACUAAUCGGCGAAAUAACUCGGCCACCUCGGGGCGGGGUGUUGAGAUCCGAUCAGCCUAUCUGCAGUUUUGGGUGAAAACGUACGUAGACGGGGCGCGUGGGUGGUCCGGGUAGACGGGCUGCCUAGGUUUUGCCGGCCACUACGCUCGAUCCCCUCUGUGGUCUUCUUGACUAUGUCUUGGUAUCAGAUUCAGUUGGAUGAAGGGAGAAGGGAAAACUUGGUAGAUGCUUUGCAAGUCCGCAAUCGCCAUAAACUUAUUCAUGCGUCCAAUAGGCCGAAGAGCACAUGAUGGAUUCACUCGGUAAGGACGGUCAAACUGUCGGUUUAGUGUCAACUAGACAUUAGCGAAUUCGGCACAAUGUCGCACCUAUCCUGCGCGUGGACAGAUACGUCAAACUUUCUCGAAAUCCAUGUUUUUCAUGCAGUUCUUAAAUGUUAGUCGGAUGUAGAGUGGCUCUCUAGUCGCCUUACUACUCAAAAGCAAAGUACGAUACUGCUUUUUUUAUUUUUUUCGCGUAUUUUGUCAUAUAAAUGUUGGAAGGGGAACUGUUCCUAGCUGCUUCAGAAAAAAACUAUAUUGCGUAAACUUCCUCCGUUUCCUGCUUUGUAAAAGUGGGUUCUAUUCAAAACAUUUUCUUAAAUGACUCUCAGCAUAUUGGGCUGAAAUCCAUGAAUCUCUUUCCGUUAAACCGUGAUCUUGAGGGAACAUGGUUUAUACUGAUGAAUGGUCCCUCAAAUUUUAUAUGUCCUGAAACCUAAUAGGUUGUUCAUUCACGGAACUUCGUGGUAGGUUCUUCUAACAUAAAUUUCCAGUUUCCAAAACAAACGCGUAAAGGAUUUUCCAGCUUUGAAUAAUAAAGCAACCAAUGGGUCACCGUUUGGGAUUAUUUAGGUUACGUGAAGACCUUAACCCCUAUUUUCAUCUAUGUCUUCUGAAGAAUGAAGGUUUUCGAAUUGUAGGUGCGGCCUACUGUACCUGAUGACCCCUUGCGUCUUCUGUCGUCCACAGCUGUAAGUCGAGACUGGUGCGAUUUUCAACUAUUUCAUUUGCAUUUUCUGACGAGAAAUGAUAUUUACGCGGAAGUGUGGUAAGAGUUCGAGCAGUGGCAUUAAUUUUUGACAUCCGUCAAGGGGCCCUCAUCCUUGCACAUUAAGUAGCGUACUGCUAUCUCAGUCGUUUACCCAAAGAAAACAUUUUUUGGACCUAAAUACUCUUUGCGGGAACUGGGUUGAUUAAAUAAAGGCUUGCAAGUCCGCAGCAGGAUAUUGGAGACAUAACUGCCACCACAUCUCACUCCCGAGAGUGGGAAGAUUCGAAAUCUGGUAUUAGAGCUGUGUUAGCUUGCUGCAUCCCAGUCUUUCAUGGUUCUACACGAAUGUAGUUGUCCGCCCUGCUGAGGAUUGCCGUUGCGUUUCUAUAAUCGUCAGUUCAUCGUGUACUACUACGCGGGGACACCGUCUCUGUUGACCUGACUCAGCCUCGGUGUCAGUGAUGGGUUACGCUGAUACCUGCCUGUACUGGUUUUAGAGCUUAACACCUCUCCCAUCGUGGUUUUAUCCUUGAUCAGUCGCCGUCGAUCGGCAGCUAUAAAUCUCAAAAUCCGGCCGGAAUAUUUAAAUCUGAAUCAGUCCUUUAAGGCUCAAACGUCCUAUCAUGGGGUUCAUAAUUCACACCCUAUCGGUAGUGAUCAGAAGUAUCUAAUCUCUUGGCCGCCAGCCUCUCAAGGUGGCAGGGGAGCCUGACUAGCUGAUGCCGGCUGGUUGUUCAAAAGUAAGCAAUCUCUUCUUCCUCAGCCUUGUCGUUAUCCGUUUUCAAACCACGCCUCCGCAGUAAAGAAACAGUGUAAGAAGGUAAACUAUGCUUUUGGGUGCCUUAAGGCUCAGUCAUGAGGCAUCAUACCCUAGAUCGAGGUAAAGAAAUUCAUGUAAUCACUGGUGCUCUGUUAAGUGUGCCAAUCGACCCCGUCGAUUAUGGUAUCCCCAAUCCCCGUGUAACUUGCCCAGCUACUUAAUUUACUAAAGUAGCAAGGGAACAUUAUCCUUAACUUAAGUAUUGAGAGCAGACCGCCUUGUCCGGAUGCUACCGACCUGAGAUUAAUUUAUUCCCAGUUGAUGACAAUACAUUAGCCAGAAACGGCCACGGCAGUCUACCUCCCCUCUGCCAUGAUUUGUCUUAUUUAACCAUAUAUACUUGUGUGGGGUGAGCUUUUCGUUUUUUUGUAAAGGUAGAAGGCUAAACUGUUGUGGCCGGAUCUCGCUUAACAAUUAGGAUGAAAACACAUGCCCGAACAGGAAAUAAUCACACCUAGAGGCAAAAGAUCCAGUCCUGGGUGCUUACUGAGUGACAAAAUCGCAAGAAAUAUCCCCCCUGUUUUGUCUAAGCCCCUCCCCCAAUAGAUGAUUGUACUUGAGAGAGAAGGACGUGGCGUUGUCUUUCAGUGAGAUUGCAGCACGACACAGGCGAGAUGCAGAUAAAUAGUCUUGGCUUCCUUUGUUGCCGUUGCACUUGCAGGAUAGUAGGCCAGCGUUAACCUGCAGACAUUACCGACCCUAAAUUUUGGCAAGCCCUUCCGUACGUGGGGAACGUCUCAGAAGCCGUCAGCCGCCUUGUCGUUUUACUUGGAGUUUAUGGUUGCACGCAUGCCGAAAGCAACCGUCAGGCGCCAAGUCAUGAGGCCGAAAGUCCCACUGCUACGGCAGAAAACGUUUGGAGUCGUUUACCGGAUCUGGUGCAGUUGUGGACAGAGCGACGUCGGAGAAACCGGCAGAUUACUUCUGACGCGCGUGACUGAGCACGCAGCAGCGGUGAGGAGGAAAUGCUUCAGUUCUCAGUUCCGGCCAUAUUUUCAAGUUUAAAGAAGCGGAAAUUCUCGCAAGGGGUGACAACCGCGUGAGUCGCAAACUGCUCGAAUCAUGGUUCUCAGGCCAUUGCAUUGACUUCCGGAUAUCAUGUUCAGUGCUGGAACAUUUCCUGAGCAGGGAACUCAAUCACGUGGGGAUGACGCGGGGGCUCAACUAGCCUGGUGACAGCGGGCCGAAUUGCCGAGCCAUCAUAGCGUUAGUAUCCGCCACGGAUUAUAAAAUUGGGACAAUUAAUGACUCGGUCCCAGACUGACGAGCCAUCAUCGCCUUAAUUACAACCUCCAUCGGUGAUUACGAGAGCUGUUAACUAUAGUACCCAUGUAUCCCCCCCGGCAGCUACGUACUACAAAUACUGCAAUUUUCGUACCUCCACUACCUCUGUCUGCUACCGUCUCUGAUGGUGCGUUCGAGUGACUCUCCGAAACGUCGGGUCAAUACGCUUCUUCUUCCAGUGAUCGCAUCUUCUUCUUCUGAACUGCUUCCUGAUACUCGCCUGUUCUCUUCUAUAGGCAAUAGGCACGCUGAUAAAAGACUGGUUGAAAGCAGGGGAGCGAUUCAGGCUCAUUUUAUCGUAUUCCGAGUCGCAAUUUCCCCCUGCAGGUAUGCAAGUCAGACAGACGGGAGGCGGUACUCAUGACCGCAUGAGCCAUUUGGUGGUCCGUUGUUCGAACGCGCUACCUGACAUCCUAGAAGCAGUCAAGAGUUCAUCUCCGCGGCAUAAAGAUUCUGGUCGGAAUCCGCGGCAGAGAGGAUCGAGAGUAGGGCAAAGCCUCUAUCUCCAACCGAAAUUCCGUUGGCUAGUGUUUGCCCUGCCUUUCAUGUUUCGUGCGUUGCAGUCUCGCCGACAGACUGUGCUACCCCAUACUUUAAACCGUUCAGCCGACAUGUGGCAAGACCGCACAGCCACCGUCCAUUUGUCGUCUUCUCUGGUCCCACAUGAGUAUUAAGUCUAAAACAAAUGAAACAUCGGUCCCGACAAUCGAUCCACCCCAUUUUUUUCCUUCUCAGUUAACGACACCCCCACCUGCAGUAGUCACUUCUUUCUUCAGUGGUAUCUUUUCAGUGAUGGAAGUGCUCACACCUGAUGCUGACCUGUAACUGAAGAUAAUUUCAGUUCUAUUACUAACCUCUGUACUUUUGAUGGCGGCGAAAACGUAGGCCUGGAGACACAGGCUUGAACAGAGUCACCCCCUACCAGAGGAGAUGGAGGGCAUUGAACUGCGACGCUUCUACCUCACCAUCGACAACCCACUGAACACCUUCACCGACAAGCAACUGCAGAACGACAGGCGGACACGGCUGUCGGCGGCCCUCUUUGAUGCGGGCCUUCUGGACUCCGACUAUGCCCGUGACCUGCUCGCACAAGUGCCCUUGGAACGACCGGUGCGGUUGGAGAUGAUGACCAGUCUUGAGGCGGAAGAACGGCGCAUGAAGCAGACUUCAAAGUAUGCGCCUCGGUGA